AUAGUCGUGAAUCUUAAAGUGCCAACAUUUACGCCUAAAGGUUACAUACCUAUGUAUCCCUUGCCGUUAUUUAUAUAGUUCAUACAUAGUCUCGUACCUACCUGGGGUGAUAUAGAGAUCAUGAUUCUCGACGGUUCGGGUUCUCAAUAACAAUUCCUUUACCUACCCUCAUCUCUAGGUACACUCGCAGCAGCCAUGGAGGAGAUAGAAAAGUCCAGCUCACUUCCCCAGCCAGAGGCCCCGGAUUCAUCCUAUCUCGAAAAGGGUCAGCCGGGUUUCGAGGUAACCGAGAAGCCUGACCCCUUUGCCCAGGAGUAUUGUCCUACUCCGGACAAGCCUAGCGACGGCACCGGGCAUGAGACACUACUAGGGGAUGAGUCAUACCCAGAAGGGGGCCGUGAAGCAUGGCUCGUCGUCUUCGGGUCAUGGUGUGGCUUACUCGCCUCCUUGGGCCUUAUGAACAGCAUUGCGACACUCCAGACAUACGUCGUAACACAUCAGCUCUCCGACUAUGAUGAGGGUACCGUCGGAUGGAUUUUCUCCUUAUAUACAGCGUUGUGCUUCCUCUGCGGCGUUUACGUGGGUCCUCUCUUUGAUAGGUAUGGGCCUAAAUGGCUUAUCAUCCCGGGCGGCAUUGGUAUUGUUGCGAGUAUCAUGUUGUUGAGCGUCUGUACGAAAUAUUGGCAUUUCAUGCUUAGCUGGGGAAUACUUAAUGGAAUAGCAACCUCUCUUCUGUUUACUCCAUGCCUCACGGCCAUAGGACACUUCUUCCGCGAGCGCCGUGGCUUCGCUUCCGGACUCGCUAGUACGGGCGGCGGCCUGGGUGGCGUAGCGUUCCCAUUAAUAAUGCAAAGUCUCUUCGACAAAGUAGGAUGGGGAUGGACAAUCCGUAUCCUAGGGUUUAUCUGUCUUAUCCUGUUCACAUUUGCCAACCUUCUAGUUAGGAAAAGAUUGCCACCGGCCCAGAACGCAAGCCCACACCCAGAUUUCCGCAUUAUGAAGGAGAAAAGAUUUUUGCUCCUCACUAUUGGCGUCUUCUUUCUGGAACUAGGGCUCUUCAUCCCCCUUGCGUACAUCUCGAGUUACGCACUAGCAAACGGCUUCAGUGAGAAGUUUGCUUUCCAGAUUCUACCGAUUCUUAAUGCGGCGUCCGUGCUCGGACGGGCAUUGCCCGGAUGGUGGGCAGAUAAGAUUGGCCCCUUUAACACGAAUAUGAUCUCUCUUUGCGUUACCAUUUUUUCUAUCUUUGUCGUAUGGCUGCCAUUCGGUCAUACGAUGGCGGGCCUGGUCAUAUUCGCUCUCAUGUUCGGAUUUUCGACUGGGAAUAAUAUCAGUAUCACUCCUGUUUGCGUUGGAAAACUAUGCCACACGCAACAUUAUGGGCGAUACUAUGCCACUUGUUACACCAUUGUUUCUAUCGCUGUACUACUAAGUCUCCCCGUUGCAGGCGCCAUCGUCAAUGCUGUUGGUGGUGACUACUGGGGUCUUAUCCUCUUCACCGGCCUCACUCAGGUGAUCUCUGUCGUCGCGAUGUACGCAUCGAAGGCGAUGAGUGUAGGGUGGUCGCCUUGGACUAAUUUUUAGACUAGCUACCUUACUACGUAUUGGAAGUAGUCUAUACAAUACGCUUUGAUAGCUUCGGGGAACUGGUUAACUCAAGGAGGUUCUUGGGAAAUCGGAUCGGUAUAAAAAAAAUUAGAGUUUCGGGGCAUGACAUACGGCAUAUGAUU